AUGCUCUUUUCGAUCAUCUCAAAGAGACGCGUCCUCCUAUUACCACUUGCUUUCCAAUACCACGUCCGUCCUAUUUAUAAUUUACAUCACAUGGAACAGCAAUCGAUAUUGAGAUUUUUUGGGCUGAAUAAAGGUUCGACACAAAACAAAAGAAAGAGCGACACAGUGUCACCGCUGCCCAAAAAAUCUGCUCGUGUCGAGGAGCCAACGAAUCAAGACAUAGUAAAAAAUGAAGGCGAAGGAUCCACUCAUCCAAUUGAUCAAAGUCGCCUGAUUGAUGACUUACGAAGAACCGAAGGGAAGGUUAAAGAGAGUAUCAAGGAUGAAGAAGCAAGUAAGCUGGAAGAAAGCAGUAGUGAUGCGGCUGAGCUCGUCAAUGAAAAGAGCGAUGAACCUAUCGAUAAUAUUGAGGAUGCUAGCCGGCUUAUUGACAUGUCCAAGAAAAACCAUCAACAUCAACAAUUGAAUCCAAAUGCAAAGAUCCCAUAUUCUCGGCUUACUGACGUAUUGGACAAAAUCGAAAAGGAAUCAGGCCGUUUAAAAAUUACUGCUCUUGUCUCAGAGUUCCUUCUAGAAGUCCUAGAACAAUAUCCAAGUCCAGACAACUUGGUACGCGUUGUCUAUCUUUUCAUUAAUCGUCUUGGGCCCGAUUACGAACCGGAUUUGGAAUUGGGUCUUGGUGAGACUUUGCUUAUCAAAGCGAUCAGCGAGUGUUAUGGUCGUCUGGCUGCCAAAAUCAAAAAAGACUAUCAUGAGGCUGGUGACUUGGGCCUUGUUGCUCAGAAAUCUCGCCUGGGUCAACCGACUAUGUUCAAACCUGCUCCUUUGGAUGUUGACACAGUGUUUGAAAACUUAACUAAAAUUGCAAAGUCUACGGGAAAGGACUCGCAAACAAGAAAGAUUGGCAUCAUAAACAAAAUGCUCACGGCUUGUAACAUGAAAAGCAGCGAAGCAAAGUUUCUAAUCAGAUCAUUGGAGGGAAAGUUACGUAUUGGAUUGGCCGAGAAGACUGUUUUAAUCGCAUUAGCUCAAGCGUUCUUGAAUUUUGAGAACAAGACAUCUAAGAAAAUUCUGCCUGAACAGCUUACGAAGGCGGAGAACGUGAUUCGUGAGGCCUUUUCAUUGAUACCUAAUUACGAGAUCAUAAUCAGAAACGCCCACAAGUAUGGGAUUCUCAACUUAUUAGAGCAUUGCCAAUUAACUCCGGGUGUCCCCCUCAAACCAAUGUUAGCUAAACCAACCAAAUCUAUCGGAGAGAUUUUGGAUAGAUUUCAGGGUGAAGAAUUUACUUGUGAGUAUAAAUAUGACGGGGAAAGAGCCCAGGUUCAUCUACUCGCUGAUGGAAGCGUCAGAGUUUACUCCCGUAAUUCAGAGGAUAUGUCAGAGAGAUAUCCGGAUUUGCUUUCGAUUGUGAAGGAUUUCAUCAAAGUUACAACUAAUCUGGAAGAAAAGGAGUCUCCAAAGUCUAUGAUUUUAGAUUGCGAAGCUGUCGCCUGGGAUAGAGAGAAGCAAAAAAUUCUUCCCUUUCAAGUCUUGUCAACUAGAAAACGGAAAGAUGUUAAUGAAAGUGAUAUUAAGGUGCAUAUUUGCUUAUUCGCAUUCGAUUUGCUAUACUACAAUAAUGAGUCUCUUAUCACGAAGUCGUUAGAGGAGAGAAGAAGCUGUCUUUUCGAAAACUUCAAAACCAUAGAAGGGAAGUUUCAGUACGCAACAUAUAAGAACUCAUCGGACCUAGAUGAACUUCAAGCAUUUCUAGAUCAAUCAGUGAAGGAUUCAUGUGAAGGCUUGAUGGUAAAAAUGUUGCAUGGUCCUGAGUCUUUUUAUGAGCCUUCAAAGAGAUCAAGAAAUUGGUUGAAAUUGAAAAAGGAUUACUUGGCCGGUGUGGGUGAUUCCCUAGAUUUAGUGGUUGUCGGAGCUUAUGUUGGUAAAGGUAAGAGAACGGGAUCUUAUGGUGGCUUUUUAUUGGCGACUUAUAAUGAUGAUACGGGAGAAUACGAAACCACCUGCAAGAUUGGAACAGGAUUUUCUGACGAGGACCUCGCGUCGUUGUACGCUAAAUUGAAACCAACGGAGAUUUCUAGGCCUAAGCCUUUCUACGUUUACGACACAAAGAAUUCUAAUGCUGUUCCAGAUGUAUGGCUUGAGCCAACCUUGCUCUUUGAAGUUUUGACUGCGGAUCUCUCUUUGAGUCCGAUUUACAAAGCAUCUCAUCAAGAGUAUGGUAAAGGUAUUUCCUUGAGAUUUCCACGAUUUAUCAGAACUAGAGAGGAUAAAGGUGUUGAAGAUGCCACUACGUCUAGCCAAAUCGCAGAGUUUUACGAGAGGCAGGCAAACGUUAAUUAG